UGUGGUUCAGCUUUCGCGAGACAAGGACCCAUUAGACAUUUUCUCUCUCUGUGCUCCUUUCUCUCCAGCGGCGAAUUUCACGAAAUAACAUCAAAACUGGGUUAAUCUGCGCGCUGUUGUAACCGAAGCCAAGAGAAAUCUCCAAUCAAGCGAAACCUUUUUCUUUUAAAGCUAAAAAUUUCAUUUUAUAAUUGAGUUUAAUAUUCAAUCAUGGAGACCUAAACACCAACCUGAGGGAUGUCCCACAGGGGGAAAGGCUUAACUUGUCACAUCCAGGAAACAUGCUGCUAAUGACUAAUAUUUUAUUUUUAAAUUUUAAAUAUUGCCAUUAAUACAUCAUGCCUCAUUUAAAGAUUAGAUUGUUGCGGUAUGGCUAUUUUGUGUUUGUCAGUGAUCCUGGAUGAAUGCAGACAGGGCAUAUUGUCAGUCAUUCACAUUGUUCGUUCACAUUAUUUACGGUGGAUCAGAUCAGUUAUGUUUUGUUGAAGUUUGACAGGUUCUGUUCUGAUUUAGUGUUCCUGUGGAUUAGGCCUGGGUAGAUCCUGACCAUCAGGGUUAAUGCUUGUUUGGAGUUUCCUGAUCUCGUGAGUUAGUUUAGUCACAGGUGGUUAUUUUUCUUUGGACAUUGGUCUAGUCGUAUCUGCAAAGGGCCAGUUUAAGUGUAGACCACAGCUUUUGCGUGAGGAAGAGUAGAAACUGGGCAUGGAACGAUAACUUCACUACUGCAGCGCCCAUUGUGGAUAAGACUGGACAUGAUUUCUUUGGUCACCAUUGUUUUAACAUCAUUUAUAGUUCAGCCUUUUAGUUACACUGAUGCACCAUCACCAGGGUUUUAACUUAUUCUUUUUUAUGUCAUAUUGAGUUAAGUCAUCUCUGUCAGAAUGCACGAAUGUCUUUUAAUGUCAUCUUAUCUUUUAGCCUUCUCACAACAUGUUGUUAUCCGCAUCGAUCCUGGGUGGGAUGAGUAAAGCCUUUCUCCCUGAAGGACAUCCCUUCUUCUUGUCAAAAAAUGGAAAUCCUUCAAAAUAGUCCUUUUCUAAGAAGCCUGUGCAGGAACAGUGCACCGGCUGACCUUCAGUACGAUAAUACAAGCGAACUCUUUCGCUUUUCCACAUUCGCAAAGUUCCCCUCCACCGCGGCUGUGACGGAGAGAAGCCUGGCCCGCGCUGGCUUUUAUUACACAGGUGUAGGUGAUCGUGUUCAGUGUUUCCGCUGCAGCGUGAACGCCGAAAACUGGCAGUCUGGAGAAUGUCCUGCAGAGAGGCACAAGCAGCUGUCUCCCAACUGCAGCUUCAUCCAGAGCUUACCAUCCACAGCCAACCUCCUGUCCUCCUCCCAUUCGGCCUUCUCUCCCCUUCGUAAUGUGGCUGUCCUACAAAUAAAUGCCCCUGCCCCUGCCCCCACCACAGCCAGCGCAACUUCUGCAGGUGCCUCAACUUCAGGCCAGACAGACGAGCAAGCAGGUUACCUCAACAUGGGAUUCAAUAACCUUGCCCCCUCCAGCCCCCUCUCAUCUCGUGGGGUAGAGGAUAUGUCUCAUCAGCGUCCUCCAGCCUGUCAUAAGCCAACCAUGCGCUGGGAGCAGGACCGCCUGGACUCCUUCCAGAACUGGACAGUCACCACAGUCACUCCUGCUGAGCUCGCAAAGGCUGGCUUCUACUACCUUGGCCAGGGUGAUCGUGUGGCUUGCUUCAGUUGUGGAGGGCAGCUCAGCAACUGGGAGCCUGGAGACAGGGCCGUAUCUGAGCAUCAGAAGCAUUACCCCAACUGCCGCUUCGUGAGAGAUAACGUGUCCAUUGCUGCUGGUAGUGGACUGGCCAAUGUGUCCAACUCAGCGAUGCAACAGUGUGAUGAGAGGCUGCUUACAUUUGUAAACUGGCCAGCAAGAAUACCAGUACGACCUGACCAGCUGGCCAAGGCUGGCUUUUACUAUGUUGGCCGCAACGAUGACGUGAAGUGCUUCUGCUGUGACGGAGGACUCAGAUGUUGGGAGUCUGGUGAUGAUCCGUGGGUGGAACAUGCCAAAUGGUUUCCAAGGUGCGAGUAUCUUUUGCAAGAGAAAGGACAGGAGUUUGUACAUCAGAUUCAAGCAAGAUUCCCGAGAUUAUUUGAGCAGCUGUUGACCAAUGGAGAUAACAACUCAAGAGAAUUUGUUGACCCACCUGUGGUACAUUUGGGUCCAGGAGAAGAACGUUCAGAAGAUGCCGUAAUGAUGAACACCCCUGUGGUAAAGUCAGCUCUAGAAAUGGGCUUUGACCGAAGUUUAGUGAAGCAGACUGUCCAGAGUAAAAUUCUCACCAGUGGAGAAAACUAUAAAACAGUGCAGGAGCUGGUGUCCGACCUGCUGAGUGCUGAGGAUGAGAAACGAGAGGAGGAGAGAGAACUGAUCGCAGAGGAAAUGGCGUCAGAUGGAUUUACCUUUCUGAAAAAGCAUCAUACCGCCUUAACCCAGCGGUUAAAAAGUGUCCAGAGUCUGAUGGACCAUCUCCUAGAGGAAAACGUGAUUUCCCAAAAAGAGUACGACACCAUAAGCAACUGCACCUCCGUCAAGCAGCAGACGGGUCAGCUGAUUGAUCUGGUCUUGUCGAAAGGAAACGCGGCCGCUGAGGUCUUCCGAAACUGGAUUCAGAAGAAUGACGUGUAUCUUUUGAGAGAGCUAAUGGCCCAGACAAAUGAAGCCGCAUCACCGAGUCAAGAUCUUUCAGACCUUCCUAUGGAGGAACAGCUAAGGAGACUUCAAGAGGAACGCACAUGUAAAGUUUGCAUGGAUAAAGAGGUCAACAUUGUCUUCAUUCCCUGUGGGCACCUGGUGGUCUGUAAAGAAUGUGCUCCUUCUCUGCGCAAGUGUCCCAUAUGUAGAGGCUUGGUUAAAGGCACUGUCCGCACCUUUCUCUCUUAGUGCUAAAUACUGCAGUCUUCUAAAAACGUGUAUUAAGAGUGCUGUGUGCACUUUUCUCCUUGCUGUGGCAUGCAAAUUUCUUCUCGAGUGAUUUAAAGGAGGAUUGUAGAUUAGUUUCUUCUAGCUUAAAAGAUGCUGUUAAAUGUAAAAAGGAGAAAUCUGGUGUGAAAUGGACGUGUGGUUGUAGUGAAACAUGAUAAGUACAAAAAUUUGUUAAAUAGAUCUCUCCCCAGCAUUUUGCAGUAAAGAGCUUUUAGUCGAUGCUCCCAACAGGCUUACAAUACUAGUGCAAAAAAAUCUCUAACUUUGAGCAGGUUAAUGGUGUAAAAAUAAAUAUAAGAUUCUAACAAUGAAGCCUGGAGCUACAAUGAGCUUGUAAUUAGGUUAAAAUAGUUUUUUCUUUGCAAAGUAACUCUGUGCCCCCAUCACAAGAAUUAGGAGCCUGUUGGGAGGGCUGUAUUUCACAACGCUGGUGUUGAAUGAAGGUAGGCUAUUCGACAAAAGCUAGUACUCACGGUCAUGUUUCACCACAACCCAAGUCAAUUUUUCACCAGCUUUCUCCUGCAUAUAUAAAGUACCUGAUAAAUGCAGAGAAAAUAAUCAAACGUUGCUGGAAUUGAACAGGAUGUAUAAAUAUGACAUCUCAUUUUGGCUUGUAAAAAACAAAUACCUGUAAUAAAUUUAAAAAGAAAGUGCAAAAAUGUUUUAGAAAAGCCACAUAAUUGUAUUCCAGUCAAUACAUUAGAGAUUGUGUUAUCGCUUUUUCCAACCUGGAAGUGCAAAAAUGUUUCACAAUAUCCAAAUAAAUAAACUGUACACUGUUCAUCAUUAAACUGAUUUAAAUAGAA